CAUCGACGCGGUGGAGGAAUCCGUAGUAGCAAUAGUUCGAACUAUCUGCCGAUUCACCAACCUGCCACGGCCUCCGUGAUACCGAUCUGUCACCACUCUCUUACAACUAGAGUGAUACCAACUUCGUCGAGGCCCUUUAGUAUUUGCAACUUCAAUUGUUCCGUUCCUAUGGUUUCUGUAGCAUCUUCUAUCCCAACUCAGCAAAAUCAGAGACCAACAUCAAGACUGGAUAAGGAUGUGGACCGCGGUAGCACGCCCCGAACGCCACCUAAUACCUCCUCAAUCUCCACACAAACACCUGCAUUUAUUCCACCAACAUCAGUGGUGACGGCAGUGUCCGCGAAAAAUAUGACCGGACGAGUCUAUUCCGCAUUGAAUUAUCCAUAUGAUCUUUCUUUCCAAAUAUGGCAAUUUUUUGUCGAGAAUCGACAGUCUCCUGCCACUUAUGGGAAGAAAGUGCAUUUCAGAAAUGCUCUCCGCUUAAUAAUUUCAUCGGUCUUUCAAAAUUCGAAACUCUUCAUUGUUGGUUCUUCUAUCAACGGCUUUGGGUGGGAUCAAAGCGACACCGACUUAUGCCUUGUCGUUACAUCACAGGAGUUGCAGAACAAGCGUGAUGCCUCCGCGGUGCUGUACCAACUCAUGACGCCUUUGCGCAAAUGCAGUUUUAUCAGGAACUGUAAUCUGAUUCGUGCAAAAGUGCCAAUUCUUAAGUUUCGUGACCAGUUGUUGGAUAUUGAGUGUGAUUUAAAUGUCAACAAUGUAGUGGGAAUAUACAACACACAUCUCCUCGCUAUGUAUGCUAAAGUCGACUCUCGGUUGCGCCCACUUGGCGUGUUUGUGAAGCACUGGGCCCAGAAGAUGGACGUUCAUGAUGGCAGUCGUGGUCGACUCUCCACAUACCCCCUAAUAUUAAUGCUAAUUCAAUUCUUGCAGUGUGGAUGCUCGCCUCCCGUUCUACCAAAUUUGCAAGCUCGUUUCCCUAAGAUAUUCGACUAUGAGCGUCCGGUGAAGGAAUUAGACAUGCGUUUACAGCUGCCCUGGAACGAGAUGCACAGUGCCAAUACAUCCACACUGAGCGAGCUCUUCGCUGGUUUUAUUGCUUACUACGCAACCUUUGACUUUACUCGAUGGGCCAUCUCAGUUCGGUGUGGUCAACCAUUGCCAAUCGAUGUGGCGAUCCGGUGUCUUCCACCCCACGAACAAGCGCAUACGGCAGCCUCAUUUAAAAUUUUUGUUGAGGGAGGGUUGUUGGUUAUUAACGAAACACCUCGACGUCGAAAUGUUGGUGGAGGCGGCGGAGAGCCCUUCUGUAAAGCAAAUGCUGCGCGCUCUCUCUAUGAUGAGACAGUUUUGGGACAAAUUCAACAAGCUUUCAAUCGUACUGAUGGAGUCCUACGAGCGCAGAAGCCCCUGGAGUCUCUUUGGAAACCCUCUUCAUCGUCAUCGACCACUUCGUCAACGUAG